GCGAGCGAUCUCCCUUUCUCCUUCGUGCCACCCCUCCCCCCACGCUGCAGUUAGAGCCGGACGAAGUCGUCGGUGUUGCCGCUUCUGCGCGGGAACCGAACGCUCGAACGGCUGAUCGACCGAACGCUUCGCGUGGGGAUAGUUAGUACCGGUCGCCGUCGACGGGCCCUGCCCGGUCGAGUACCUGAACACAGUGCUAGUACAGCUUAAAAGACACAAGUUAUUUCCUUUGGGGGAAAAUCAUCAAGGAUCUGAAGGAAGCAAAAUGCGGCCAAUGCGUAUUUUUGUAAAUGAUGACCGCCAUGUUAUGGCAAAGCAUUCUGCAGUUUAUCCAACUCAAGAAGAACUGACAGCAGUUCAGAACAUGGUCUCUCACACUGAGCGUGCUCUCAAAGCUGUGUCUGACUGGAUUAACGAACAAGAGAAAGGUAAUAGUGAACAGCCAGAACCUGAGACCAUGGAGACCGUAGCUGAAGAAGAGAACAAAGAAGGAAGUGAGCAGAAGACUACAGAACACUUGACUAGGACACUUCGUGGAGUGAUGCGUGUUGGUCUUGUAGCAAAAGGCCUCUUGCUGAAGGGAGACUUGGAUCUUGAGCUGGUUCUGUUAUGUAAAGAGAAACCCACUGUUGGUCUAUUGGAAAAAGUAGCCGACAAUCUCAGCACACAGCUUGCUGCAAUUACUGAAGACAAAUAUGAAAUUAUUCAAUCUGUCAGUGAUGCUGCAAUUACAAUUAAGAAUACAAAAGAACCUCCACUGACACUUACCAUUCACUUGACAUCUCCUGUUGUCAGAGAAGAAAUGGAAAAAAUGUUAGCUGGAGAAACGCUAUCAGUCAACGACUCACCGGACGUUCUGGACAGGCAGAAAUGCCUUGCUGCCUUGGCGUCACUCCGACACGCCAAGUGGUUUCAGGCCAGGGCAAAUGGCUUGAAAUCAUGUGUCAUAGUCAUCAGAGUGCUGAGAGAUCUCUGUACCCGUGUUCCUACUUGGGCUCCACUUAGAGGAUGGCCUCUAGAGUUGCUUUGUGAGAAGUCAAUUGGAACAGCCAAUCGGCCCAUGGGAGCUGGUGAGGCACUGAGAAGAGUUCUUGAAUGCCUCGCAUCUGGAAUAGUUAUGCCAGAUGGUUCUGGUAUUUAUGAUCCUUGUGAAAAAGAAGCCACUGAUGCUAUUGGGCAUCUAGACAGACAACAAAGGGAAGAUAUCACACAGAGUGCUCAGCAUGCUCUAAGGCUUGCUGCAUUUGGCCAGCUUCACAAAGUCUUGGGGAUGGAUCCAUUGCCAUCAAAGAUGCCCAAGAAACCAAAAAAUGAAAAUCCAGUUGACUACACUGUCCAGAUCCCCCCUAGCACAACAUACGCCAUUACUCCAUUAAAACGUCCUAUGGAAGAAGAUGGAGAGGAGAAGUCUCCAAGCAAAAAGAAAAAGAAGAUUCAGAAAAAAGGUAUUGAGUUGACAAGAGAGGAAAAGUCAGAACCUCCACAAGCUAUGAAUGCUCUGAUGAAGCUGAACCAGCUAAAACCUGGACUUCAAUAUAAGCUAGUAUCUCAGACAGGUCCAGUUCAUGCUCCUAUAUUUACUAUGUCUGUGGAAGUUGAUGGCAUCACUUAUGAAGCUUCAGGACCUUCAAAAAAAACAGCCAAGUUGCAUGUAGCAGUAAAGGUUCUGCAAGACAUGGGAUUACCUACAGGUGUGGAAGGCAGAGAGAGAGGUGAUGAAUCAGCAGAGGAAACAGAUCAGAAACCAGUUGCGGUUGCUGCUCCUCCUAUAGUGGAAAUUAUUUGUACCCCUAGUGCUGCUUCUCCUUCAGAGCAAACAGAGAAUGUGAAACAGCAGGGACCAAUACUGACCAAGCAUGGAAAAAAUCCAGUUAUGGAACUCAAUGAGAAACGGCGUGGCUUAAAAUAUGAGCUGAUUUCAGAAACUGGUGGCAGUCAUGACAAACGGUUUGUGAUGGAGGUUGAGGUUGAUGGCCAGAAGUUCCAAGGAGCUGGUUCAAAUAAAAAAGUGGCAAAAGCUUAUGCUGCACUGGCUGCAUUAGAAAAGCUUUUUCCAGAUGCCCCUCUUCCAAUGGAGCAGAAGAAAAAAAGAGCCCCUAUGCCAGCACGAGGUGGACCCAAAUUUCCUGUAAAGCAUAAUCCAGGCUAUGGUAUGGGAGGUCCUAUGCAUGCUGAAGUACCACCUCCUCCAAGCAUGAGGGGUCGUGGCAGAGGAGGAAAUAUCCGAGGCCGAGGUCGAGGCCGAGGUGGAUUUGGUGGUGCCAAUCAUGGAGGUUAUAUGAAUGCUGGGGCUGGAUAUGGAAGUUACGGCUAUGGUGGCAACUCUGCAACAGCAGGCUAUAGUGACUUUUUCACAGACUGCUACGGCUAUCAUGAUUUUGGGUCUUCCUAGAUCAUCUAAAAGUAUUGCACAUAAAACAGCUUUUUACUCCAAUUUUCUCGAACUCCAAAACCAAUGUGUUCGUGCUGUGUCCCUGUGCUUCACUGGGUUUCUCAACAGUGGCUUUUCACCGCAGCUUUCUGAAACUUAGCCUACAAACAGUGGCAGUUUUAAUUGUGACUUGCCUUUGGUCAUAUGGAUGUACACUAUUGGGGAGCAAAAGUUCAAGGAAUGUCUUUGUGCAUUAUGCACAAUAAGAGCCAACUCUGUUCUGCUUACAAGCAAAAGGCCUCUGUUUGCUUUUUAUGGAAAGCAUUUUAUUUUUACAGAACUUGCAAAAGUGUGCUACCUUUUUGUCUUAAAUUUUCAAAAGAUUUUGUACAAAACAAACCUUUUAGUCCCAAAAAGUGGGUAAAUGCUUGUAAUAAGGAGAAAUACCUUUUAACAGUUCUGAAUCUACAACAACCUAAUGUUUUGAGCAUGCAUAAUCUUGACUUGUAUGUGAAAAUAGUAUGUGCUGAUUUUAAUCUCUGCAUCCAUUGUGUUUCUUGUAUUGGUAUAACAUGCAGGAUGUAUAGUCUGAGUUACCCUUGUUGGGUUGUAUUAUCUCUAACAUUUCAGUGGUUUGAUUAACUGCAGUGGGCUUGUUGCAGUUCUUGUAAGAUGUGGCUCUUUUUCCUAUUCUCCAGUACAUGUCCCCAGAAGAAGAUGUAUGUAGUAUCACAAGACAUGAAAACUACUGAACAUUGAAAGGCACAGGGAAUAAACUAGUCAUUAAGAUUUUUAAUAAAUGGAUUGUUUGGUUCUCUUUGCUUCAGUAGUCAUAUUAAAUGCGUUUAGUCUGAUCACUGCCUUAGGAACAAUGUGAAACCUAUUAAUUCAAUAGUUAAUGAAAUAAAUGCAAGCACAGUGGAGAUAUAAAUUUGGAUAAAGGCUCUGAAUAAAGUAAAAAUUAGUUUUUAAAUGCUAGUAUCCUGGAAGAAGCAAUAGUGCUGGAUGUGUUUUAGGAAUAACUUGGAUUAAGAAGUAAAAUUACUCCAAAUAACCAGGUUUAAGUUUCCUUGUACAUGACUCCUUGCUGAACUGCAGCUGUUGGUUCAGUUUUAACUAUAAGCAGAUAGUUUUGUGUUUUAUAACUGGUAACAUAUAUGUGCUAAUAGUAUGUCAGAGAGCAGGUGUAAUGUCUUGUGUUCCUUUAAGAAAACAAAUCUCUGGUUGUAAGUGACUUGAGACAUAAACUUCAAAUUGAAUUCUAAGCAAAGAGCCAAACACUUAAAAAUGAAUAGGGAUAUGCAUUAAUUUUUUUUUUUUUCAUGCACAAAAGAAGCAUGUUGUGGCUCGGAAGUGCACAAUUUUACUUUUUCUGGGUUUUGACCAGGACAAAAUCUAGAGAGGUUCUAUGGGAAAGGCUAGUACACUCAGUCCUCUCUCCCUCCUCUAUAUAGCUUGUGCUCUAGCCCAUCUGUCAAUCUUCCUGUGCAUUUCUUCCCAUUAGUUGGCGUGCAUUCUUUCCCAUUAUCCUGUGCAUUCCUUCCCUGUGUAUUCCUUCCCAUUAGUGGCUUUGCCAUUGCUCUGCUCUGCUCUCUCCCACACCAGAAUGCAUGUCUUUCUGCCUGUGCCAUGCAGGGAACAUUUUGUGCAGAGUAUAUACUGUGUACAUUGUUGUAAGUGCUCUGAUUUUGUUUCCAGCUGUCACCAUCACUUUAUUUUACAUUCUAGGAUUUUCUCUACAUCUUAGGACAUGUCAUCAACCUGAAGUAUAUAGCUAUUGAAUAUAAGCUUUGGGAGAAUUUUUAAUUCUAACUUGAGAAAUUGCUAUUUACAAAGGACUGAUAUUAUGCAAAAUGCUAUAUUAGAUUAUUUUAAAUUACAUGCAGCUCAACAUGGUGGACUAAUGUAAUAUAUAGAUAGAGGUUCAUCUGUGAACUGUGCAGCCAGUGAUACACUUUGCCAGAACUACAUACUGUACUCAGUCCUUACAGUUGUUCACAGGAAUUAGGACAUCUAACCUGAGUCUAUGCCAGGUAGGUGUUUUUUGUUUUU